UUCACUCUCUCCCCUCAUCUCUCUCUCUCUCUCUCUCUCUCUCUCUCUCUCUCAGAGACUUCCGCUUCUAUCUUCCUCCUCUGGGAGAUCACUGCCACUGAAAAAAGUCACCCAAAGAUGUUGCAAGAUAUGUGGAACGCUCCCCCAGGUUUCAGACCCACCAAGUCCGCUCCUUCCUCACCAGCCAAGCCUCUUGGGGUUUCAAGAACUCGAUCUGAGUCCUUCCACGUUACCCACAAGGUCCCAAUUGGCGACAGUCCUUAUGUCAGAGCCAAGAACGUUCAGUUGGUGGAUAAGGAUCCGGAAAAAGCGAUUCCACUGUUUUGGUCAGCCAUUAAUGCUGGGGAUAGGGUGGAUAGUGCUCUGAAAGAUAUGGCUAUUGUGAUGAAGCAACAAAAUCGGGCUGAAGAAGCCAUUGAAGCUAUCAAGUCACUGAGACAUCGGUGUUCAGAUCAAGCCCAAGAGUCUCUUGACAAUAUUCUUUUGGAUCUUUACAAGAGAUGUGGGAGGUUGGAUGACCAAAUAUCACUCCUCAAGCACAAGCUGUUCUUGAUUCAACAAGGGCUGGCUUUCAAUGGGAAACGGACCAAGACUGCCAGAUCUCAAGGAAAGAAAUUUCAGGUCUCGGUGGAACAAGAAGCAACUAGGUUAUUGGGGAACUUGGGAUGGGCACUGAUGCAGCAGAACAACUACAUUGAAGCAGAAGAUGCCUAUCGGAGGGCUCUUUCAAUUGCUCCAGAUAAUAACAAGAUGUGCAAUCUUGGAAUCUGUUUGAUGAAGCAGGGGAGGAUUUCCGAAGCCAAAGAAAAUUUGCGGCGUGUGAAACCCGCAGUGGCAGAUGGACCAAGAGGGACAGAUUCACAUCUCAAAGCCUAUGAAAGGGCACAGCAGAUGCUGAAGGACCUUGAGUCUGAAAUGAUGAACAAGGGAGGGGACCGGGUCGAACAGAGUAGACUCUUCGACGCCUUCCUUGGAUCUUCAUCGAUUUGGCAGCCUCAGCCUUGCAAGGAUCAUCAUACUAGCUUGCCUUCAAUCAAAUCCCAGGAUGAUUUUGCUGAUGAGAAUAUCAAUUCCAACGUAAUGUUGGCAAACCAAGUGGUAUUACCCCAGCAGAAAAGUAUCAAACAAGUUGCUCCUAACUUCAAUUCACUAAAUGUUGCUGCACCACCAUUCUAUUCAACAAAAUUUAAGGAGCCCAUUGCAGAAGACCCAGUUGGGAAUCAAUUUCCUGAGGGCCUAAAGAGAUCAAGGUCUGGAAAUGCUGCCAAUUUGAUCAGAGUGAACGACAUUGGGGAGAUUAAGAAGCCGCUUUUGGAAUCAAGACAGCCCGAAAAUAAGACCCGAAAGCUAUCCGUUUCCCCUGAAGAAAAAGGGGACAAGUUGACAGAGUUGUUGCCUGACAACAAGGAUUUUGAAGAAGCUAUCAUGGCUGCGGUUUUGGGCACGGAUGAGGCAGGAAAGACAGUUGGUACUAGCAACACUGCCGGGAUAUUUCAGAGGAAGAUUGAGAAGAGGCUUAAGGUUUUUCAAGACAUUACACUCUCUUUGAGUCCAAGAGUCUUGAAUUAAUUUUAAUUUAUUAAGUUAUAUAGCAAUUUUUUAGGUGGGAGAUGCACUUGUUCUCCUUUUGACUUCAGUUCCUGUAGAUGGCUACACAUAAGAGUAGCAAUUCUACAGGUAGAAGCAGUAAUAGUAGUGUAUGGUAGAUUAUUUAGUGUUGGUCUACUCAGCAGAAGUUUAUUCCUAUUCCUGUAAGCCCCUUCAACGAGGGGUUUAACACAAUAAUAAUAACUUUAUUAUUUCUUAUUUA